GCAAAGCUAGGGGUUGACGGGAAUCUUCAAUGAAAAUUUUUCAUCUUUUAAAAUUUUAAAUUAAUAAAAUAAAAAUAAUUGCAUUUCUGUGAUCUUAGUUCUGUUUCUUAAACUACCGGUAGAGAAACAGAGACAGAUAAAACGAAGAAAGGAAUCUAUCCUUACUCCCGGAUCUCAGUCUUACAGUUUCAUCCAAAGUAGUGAGAAUCAAGGGAAGCGAGAGAAAGAUGAGUGGAACGGGGAAGGUGGUAUGUGUAACAGGAGCAUCAGGUUACAUCGCUUCAUGGCUCGUUAAGUUUUUACUCCAACGUGGUUACACUGUCAAAGCCACUGUUCGUGACCCAAGUGAUCGAAAAAAAUCGGAACACUUACUUGCGCUUGAUGGAGCAAAGGAAAGGCUCCGUUUGUUCAAGGCACAGCUGCUGGAUGAGGGAGCUUUUGAUUCUGUAGUUGAUGGAUGCGUAGGAGUUUUCCACACAGCAUCUCCUUUUUAUCACAAUAUCAAGGAUCCUCAGGCUGAAAUGCUUGACCCAGCUGUGAAGGGAACACUUAAUGUUCUUAGGUCAUGUGCUAAGGUCCCAUCUAUCAAACGGGUGGUUAUAACAUCCUCAAUUGCAGCUACUGUGUAUAAUGGAAGGCCUCUUGGUCCUGAUGUUGUAGUUGAUGAGACUUGGUUCUCAGAUCCUGCUUUUUGUGAGAAAUCAAAGCUAUGGUAUAUGCUUUCUAAGACGUUAGCUGAGGAGGCUGCUUGGAAGUUUGCAAAAGAGAAUGGCAUUGACAUGGUGACAAUUAACCCAGGGUUGGUGAUUGGACCUCUCUUACAGCCGACUGUCAAUACAAGCGUGGAGCCAAUUUUGAAACUUAUUAAUGGGGCCAAAACAUUUCCAAAUGCAACUUUUAGACUAAUAGAUGUUAGAGAUGUUGCCAAUGCACAUGUGCUAUCAUUUGAGAAUUCUUCAGCUUGUGGUAGAUAUCUUUUAGUUGAGAGCGCUGUGCACUGUUCAGAAGUUGUACUGGCCUUACGCAAGCUUUACCCUGCCCUUAGCCUCCCUGAAAACUGUGCCGAUGAAAAGCUAAGCACGCCAAUCUUUCAAGUGUCCAAAGAGAGAGCGAAAAGUUUAGGUGUUAACUUUACCCUUCUGGAGGUGAGUCUAAAGGAUACGGUUGAAAGCUUGAAGGAGAAGAACAUCUUCAGUGGUUGAAUCAUGGUGAGUGUUAGCUAAGUCUGGUAACCGGAGAUUUCCUUUUAGGCAUUCGUUCAUUCUGAAUGUCAUAUGUUCUGCGUUAGCUGCUGUGGUAAACUUGUUCCAUUCUGUGAAACUUAAUAAGCUUUUGGAACUUGAAGAUAUUACAUUAGCAUAUUCGAGAAACUUAAAAAAGAAAAAGAAAAAAAAGCGACGUUGCGUGGUUUGAUA